AUGAACGUGCUCAAGAGACUUUGCGCCUCCGGCCGGUUUAACUCCGUUUCCGUCGAGAUUGUCCACCUCGAUCCGGGAGUUCUACCACCAUCGGAGGUCCCUCGUUUUACAGUUGCAAAACAUACGCUUGCGUUCGUAUGCGCUCCUAUGGAUCCUCAACUUCCAUACGGUACCGGUGUAUAUGAAUACUCAAAUCUACUAGAGCCUAAACUCCAAACCAUUCACGCAGUCUAUACAAGCCUAAUAGAUUGUAUCUUUCGGUUUGAAGCAAUGGACAUAUUGAUUAACAUCCCGGAAUUCACUGUUUAUAAUACAGUGGAUUGUUUAUUACGAUCGCCUCAGUAUCUCCUCGAUUGCCACAAAAGCCUUUGCGCAGAAACCAGAAAGUUAGCUGCCGUCGUAGGCCUCGCUGAAAAACUCUCAGCGGAGGCGGCUGAAUAG